GAGGCUGCGCCGCCGGAGCCGGGUCUCCGCUGUCGGCCGCACGCGCCUCGUGUCCCGGCCGCCCGCGCGGCAGCAUGGCGGCCCCCGCCGCGGCCCAGGAGGAAGAGCGGCAGGCGCGGGAGCGGAUGCUGAAGGCCCGGCGCGCGGACGGCGCGGGGGGAGAGGCCGUGACCCUCCAGAGGAGCAUUACCCUGGUCAACGGCGUGGCGAUAAUCGUAGGGUCGAUUAUCGGUUCGGGCAUUUUCGUGACCCCCACCGGCGUGCUCAAGGAGGCGGGCUCGCCGGGCCUGGCUCUGGUGGUGUGGGCCGUGUGCGGCAUCUUCUCCAUAGUUGGGGCUCUCUGCUACGCGGAACUUGGCACUACCAUUUCCAAGUCCGGGGGUGACUACGCGUAUAUGCUGGAGGUCUACGGCUCGCUGCCCGCCUUCCUUAAGCUGUGGGUUGAGCUGCUUAUCAUCCGACCCUCCUCUCAGUAUAUAGUAGCAUUCGUCUUCGCCACCUACCUGCUCAAGCCGCUCUUCCCCACCUGCCCGGUGCCCGAAGACGCCGUCAAGCUCGUGGCCUCCCUCUGCGUGCUGCUGCUCACAGCUGUGAACUGCUACAGCGUGAAGGCUGCCACCCGCGUGCAGGAUGCCUUCGCGGCUGCCAAGCUCCUGGCCCUGGCCCUGAUCAUUCUCCUCGGCUUCAUCCAGAUGGGGAAAGGUGACAUCUCCAAUCUGGAUCCCAAGUUCUCCUUUGAAGGUACCAACCUGGACGUGGGGAACAUCGUGUUGGCGCUGUAUAGUGGCCUCUUUGCCUAUGGGGGAUGGAAUUACUUGAAUUUUGUCACGGAGGAGAUGAUCAACCCCUACAGAAACCUGCCCCUGGCCAUCAUCAUCUCCCUCCCCAUCGUCACCCUGGUGUACGUGCUGACAAACCUGGCCUACUUCACCACGCUGUCCACUGAACAGAUGCUGACGUCGGAGGCCGUGGCCGUGGACUUCGGGAACUAUCACCUGGGUGUCAUGUCCUGGAUCAUCCCUGUCUUCGUGGGCCUAUCCUGCUUUGGCUCCGUCAAUGGGUCCCUCUUCACGUCCUCCAGGCUGUUCUUCGUGGGGUCGAGGGAGGGCCACCUGCCUUCUAUUCUCUCCAUGAUCCACCCGCAGCUCCUGACGCCCAUGCCCUCCCUCCUGUUCACGUGCAUCAUGACCCUGCUCUACACCUUCUCCACGGACAUCUUCUCCGUCAUCAACUUCUUCAGCUUCUUCAACUGGCUCUGCGUGGCCCUGGCCAUCGCGGGGAUGCUGUGGCUCCGCUACAAGAAGCCGGACCUGGAGCGGCCCAUCAAGGUGAACCUGGCCCUCCCGGUGUUCUUCAUCCUGGCCUGCCUGUUCCUGAUCGCCGUCUCCUUCUGGAAGACCCCUGUGGAGUGUGGCAUUGGCUUCACCAUUAUCCUCACCGGCCUGCCUAUCUACUUCUUCGGGGUCUGUUGGAAAAACAAGCCCAAGUGGCUCCUCCAGGGCAUCUUUUCCACGACGGUCCUCUGCCAGAAGCUCCUAUAUGUGGUCCCCCAGGAGAUAUAAGCGAGAGGAGCCGAGACCCUGCCAGACAGAAAAUGCACAAAGAUCGUUUUAGGACAUCUUACCCACUUAGAAAGCGACCCCGCUCCCAUCAUCCAGGCAGCUCAGCUGAGCACCCCGCCCUGUCCCCCCACCAGGCCAGGCGGUCGGGGCCACUGUGAAAACUGGUACGAAUUUAGUCCCAGAAGACGGACAUCCAUCGAUACCUCCAUGAGUGUGCGAGGCACGAGUGUGCGAGGCGCAAGUCUGCGAGGCAUGAUCGCUGCACGGAGAAGCGGCGGGGCUCCCACCGACCACAGACUGUUUGCCAGUUGGGCCCCCUCCCUUCCCACCUUGGUUUAUUUGUAUUAUUUUUUAACUUAAGUUUUGGGUCAAGUAAUGCCACAAGAUGAUUAUUUUUUAAAGAAACGGGGCAAGGAAGCAGGGGGAGAGUCUUUCUUCCCCGGACACUGCCCACAGCCCCAUGUGCCUCAGAGGGACCAGGUCCUGUCACCAGUGUGACCCGGGGCCAGGUGCCUGCACGGUGUCAGGGAGGAGAAGGAUCCAGAGAGCGGAACACGUCAGCCCCCAGCAGAGUUACCGAGACUCGACCUCGAGGUGUGGACGGCGGACUUGCACUGACCGACAGACUGACAGGCGGCGGCCACGUGCACUUGGCACCCUCGUGCUUUUGUUGUUGUAGACGUAGCAACGUCAGUGAAAACCUGCCCCGGGGCUUGCAUCUCUCUGCCUUAAAGACCCGAGGCAGACCCCUCCCUGGCCCCAGAGGAGAGAAGGAGAAUCUCGAGGAAAUGGCCACCUUCAAACAAAGGACUGGGGCUGCUGCUGCUGCUGAGCCGGCUCUGCAGAGAGAGCAGGUUCCUGGGCCUGGUGUCUGCUGCAGGGGGUUGGGGGGUGGGGCUCCGAGCAGAGGUCAGGGCAGCUGGGUGCUCCCGGAGCUCCAGCCAGCACACGCUGCCCGGGAUGUGCAGAGCAGGGCGGGUUUCUGGGCUAGACACCAGUCUCGAAGGAUGCUGUUGGGCUCUGACUUUGUACAUCCCACCCUGGAGGUCAGCCUGUGCAAAGGCGCAAAGGCAGGAGGAUGGCACACCUCCUAUGGGUGGGCAGCAUGCCAGGGCUGGCCCAUCUGUGUCCAGUUAGGGAGCCGAGUUCUAGUUUUUUCAAAGCCUUCUACUUGAAAUCUUCUAGAAACAAACACUACAAGAAAGGCAGGUGCCUCGCCACUGAUGGGCUUCUCACCUCGGGCCCACAGGCAGCCCUCUCCCAGGGGCUGAAGAAUUGGCCUUGCCGGCUGGACGGCAGCCCCCACAGGCCGCCUGGGGCUGGCUCCUGGCUCCUGGCCGAGGCACCAUCACCUCCUCCCUACCACCUCCUCCGCCUGUCCCAGGCUCCGUUCCAGCUGUCAGGAAGCUCAAUCCGACUUCACUGCUCGCACUCCGUACCUGCUCCGGAGGCCGCCCUGGCUCUCCCGGGGUCUGCCUCCAGGGAGAAGGCUGCCCAGCUACAUACAUCCACCCCUCCCUAGAGAGGCUGUGCUAGCAGGCUUUUGUUUCUCUGGUUCCCAUGGCAUGUUCCCCAGGGGAGGCAGCUGCAGCCUGGCCAGCGCGUCCCGCCACCGGCUGGCUUUCCUGGGCCGUCAUUACGUCCCGGCAGCCAGCUUAGGGAGCAGUGUCAUCUAAGGUCAGAUCGUCUCCCUCCAGGCCCCAGUGUUAGGCACUGGUGGCCCUGCCGUGGCCUCUGCAGGGUGGACUGGGGUCCUGGGUUCCCUUUUCACGCUGAGGCGGGGGCCGGGGUGGGCCCUGAGCAGUCAAAGACAGCUCUGAGGUGCAGCUCUCCACUUCUCCCUGAUGCCAGGGCCUCCACUGUGAAGGUGGGUCCGGGGCCCAGUCUGCAAUUCCGGGGCUGUGUCCCCCUCCCAGCCCAGGGACCCCUCGGAAGGCGGGGGCCGCUGGGGCUGCGUCUGCGGUGCUGAGUCAGGCGGCCUGCCCCAGUGCCCUGCGGCCCCGCCGUGUCGGGUGCUGGGGAGGCAGAGAUCUGGCCUUUCUGACCACUACUGACAGGUGUCCCGAGCGUUCAGUUUGCGGGAUUUAGUUUUUUUGUUAAACCAAACCCUUCAGGGCACAACAAGCUAGCGUUUGUCCAGUCCUUCUGCUGUUUUGUUUUGUCCUAACGUCUCACUAAUUUAAAGGAUGCUGUUGGCACCAUGUUUAUUUAUUUGCGGGGUCUGUGCCACAUCAGUGCUGCGUGUGGUGAGGGCAGCAGCCGCGGGCGCCUCCGCCGUGUAUAACGUGUGUGGCUUCAACGUCUCUCCCUAGUGUCCUGUUAAUGGCUAACCUGUUACGAUCAGCUGGUUGGGGUGGGGAGUUCUGUUUUUUUCUGUGGGUUUUUUUGUUUAUUUUUAAAGAAAAACAAUCAAAUUCUAAGUA